CAAGAACCGAGGUUUUUCACCAACAAUGCAAGAAUGGUGCCCUGAAGUUUAACAGUGAAAUAAUGCCUUAAGAUUAGAGCGCCAUGGGCUGAGAAUUGACAACUCCAAGUCGGCUACAGGAUUGCAAAAAGCUAGUGGAUUAAUGAGGAUCAAAUACUACUAGAAAGUUGUCAGGAAAUUUCAAUCUGGGCUAGCUGGCCUGGUAUUCAGUGCUUAAUUAAUUUGACAAGGAGGAAGAGAGGAGUACUUCAGAGACAUCAUCUGCAUUCUACAUACGAAGGUUCUGAGAUUAGUGAUGGCAGACGGGAUUUUAGCUAUAGGAGGAUUAGUAGUCUCUGCGGUGUCAUCAGCAACGUCAGCAGUGCAGGCUAUGGCCCAAGCUAAGCAAGUGUUCUGGGAUCCACCAAUGGAGAAAGACGACCUCCCCAACAAUGUGGAGGAGAUUAUUGAUGAUUUAAACGAUGAAGUUCGGAAGCUGGGUUCCAAAAGUAAGGACUUUAAGAAUAAAGUACUGAAAAAUAAGAUGAAGGCGCCAUCGGAAAUGUACUUGGAAUGGGUCCGCACUGUGGAGGAGAUUGACAAACAAGUGAAGUAUUUACUAGACAAAUAUGACAAACAAAGCAAAGAAGAGGCAUCUUGGUGGUUUACCUCGAGUCCGGAUUUUGGAUUUUAGAGAAGAUUUUAAAAAGAUGUAUGAGAAAGUAAAGAGUCUUGGAGAAGAAAGCAAUCAAAUCGAAGAUAAAAUGUUUGUUGAUCUGCUACCCGAACUUGUUGUGAACAAAGAGGGAAAAAAUAACAAUUUUGGGAUACGUGGAAAGCAGAUCGAGAAGAUUCUAGACUUGCUGGAAAGUUCCAUGGGUAAGAAAAUAGGUAUCCUCGGGACAGUGGGGAUUGGGAAAACAACCAUGAUGCGCAGCUUGAAUAACCAUGAAAAAGUUACCAAAACUUUUGACAUAGUCAUUUGGCUGGAUGUAUCGCAGGAGGGGAGCAGGGAAAAUUUGAGCAGGGAGGAUCUCCUACAGGCCAUUGUGAGAAGGCUAGAACUAAAUAUAGGAGGUUCUGGCAAUGCAGAUGAAACUACCAAAAGAAUAUUAAUGGAGUUGCAGGGCAGAAAUUUCUUGCUACUUUUGGAUGAUGUCAAGGAAUGUUUCAAUUUAAAAGAUAUUGGGAUUCCUGAGAGCAACAAUGGAUGCAAGAUAGUAUUGACUACUAGGUUGCGUCGUGUUUGUCGCUCAAUGGUUGACCAUAAAAUUAAGGUGACUUAUUUAUCACUAGACGAGGCAUGGAAGAUGUUUCAAGAUGUUCUAAAAAGUCCUGAACUUCUUGAAUAUCCAGAUAUUCGGAAACUUGCAAGGAAAGUGUGCAAAGAAUGUAGCGGGGUUCCACUGUUGAUAAAAAAAGUAGCAAGUACAUUCAGAUCGAAAGAUUCUUUGCGCCAUUGGAGUGAUGGAUUGAAUAGUUGGAGGAUGUGGCCCGAAAAAGAAUGCGAAGGCAUUAGGGAAAUGUAUAAUAUGUUGAAAUUUUGUUACGAUGAUUUGGAUGAUGAGCGGCGUUAGAAAUGCUUUCUUUAUGGUGCAUUGUAUCCGGAAGGCAGUGUGAUCAACGCAGAAUAUUUGUUGGAGUGUUGGGCAGCUGAACAUCUCCUUGGC